AUGAAUUUGGAAAUGUUAGGCUUGGCCGAUCAAGAAAACGCCACGAUACAUAUGGGAAUGAUUACGGACCAAGUACUUAACUCGAACAGAAGUUUUCCAUCUUUAAAUGCGCUUACUGUAGACUCCAUGUCUAAUCCGGCUUACGUCAUCAUGAGUCGUGUCCAAACCGUCCUGGUACCAGUGAUCUGUGUUGUUGGAAUAAUAGGCAACAUCCUGGCGUCUGGAACUUUCCUGAGCCCAGUGAUGCGCAACAUGUCCUGCUGUCUGUACCUUGCGGCCAAGUCCCUGUGCGACAUCGGCUUCCUCGUCUCCCUGUUCGUGAUCUGGCUGUACCGUUUACGAGUGACCUUCUUGCUGGUGGAAGGGGUCUGCCAGAUGAACAUCUUCAUGACCUACGUCUGUGGCUUCCUGUCCGUCUGGUUCGUGGUCAUCAUAACCUGCGAGAAUUUCAUCAGGAUAUCGCAGCACUCGAAGGUUCCAGUGCUGUGCACAAGGAAGAUAGCCCUCAUCGUUAUCUCAGUUAUCGUCUGCUUCGGUCUCAUACUGUGCAGCUUCACCCUGUGGACAACUGGAAUUGUCUCCACGGAAGAGACAUCAUAUUGUACGUCACUGAUCAAGUUCGCCGACAUGCUCAUGGUGAUGACGUACGUGGACACGGCCCUCACCUUGGUUUUGCCUUCAUUAAUAAUCGUCUUUCUCGUUCUGGCCAUAAUGGUCAGCUCGUACAAAGCGUUCCAGAGGAACAAGCGGCUGAGAGGAACAGGACAAAAAAGGCACCGCAGAUACACGACGCCUGAAAGCAAGGUGACCAGGUUUCUCUUCGCCUUGUCGCUGAUAUUCUUCCUCCUCCACGCGCCCAGCCACAUCAUACGGAUUAAACUCAUUGUUCAGCAUAAUUUCGAAAAUCCGUAUCCGUCCCUCGUUGAUCUAAUUCUGCAGAGAGUCUUUGAGCUUCUUUUCUGCUGCAGCUUUUCGGUCAACUGUUUGCUCUAUUAUGUUUUUGGAAAAAACUUCAGAAAAGUUUUCAAAAAGAUGUACAUGACACACUGCAGCAGACAGGAUACGAGCUCUAACAUGACAUAUACUAUCGUACAGAUUGGUAAGACGGGUCAGUCAAUAGUGAGGAACCUUUCCUUAAAAUGA